AUGGAUCGACUGCGCCAAGUCGUCAAUCUCCUCGAAAAUUAUGCACCCAACCAUCUACAGCUGGAGUAUGACACAAUGCAAGCCAAACGUCAAGCGAUCAUGUGUCGAACCGCCUCUGGUCGGCGGAAGAGAUAGCCGACUACGGCAAUGGCCGCUGACUCUUGGCAACCGAAAGAAGCAGACGAAUGUAAGCUCAAGGACACCAGACCAAUUCUCAAGCUUCCUUUGUACAUAGACACCGAAGUAUGUCGGCGGUGGUUCCAGGCAUAAGCAGUCAUUGGUGGCUAGUCGAAGUUGCCGAGUGGAAAGCAGAAUUGACAACAUUCUUCCUCAACAAUCCCCCUCCUAUCCUUCAUUGAAUCAACCGAAACAGGAGCAUGAAUGGACAGCGUGCAAAUAGGAACGUUGUGUCGCCGUAGUAGAAAUUCGUCACGGUGCUCCAUCGAUUUCUUUCUUUCAGCAUCCGGCGAAUCACAUGGCAUUGAUCGAAUAGCACCCGCGGAUCGGCGAAAAUUUGCAAUCCAUUUGGAAUCAAUCACGCAAAGAAGUGCUUCGCAUAUUGCACCAGUGCUCGGGCGCUUGCAUGCGCUACACUUGAGACGAUAGGAAAAUAUACUACAAUGCGCGGCCGAAGGACAAAGAUAUCGAGCGCGAAUGCUCUUCACAAUUGAAGGUGAGUUGGCCAAAACUUCAGACUUAGAGAUCCUUCGUUUGCUGUCUUUGGGUUCGUGGCUUUUGCGCAUGCGCUGACACCCAUUUCGUUACCUGCACUCUGCUUUUGUAAGAUUAUGAUUCCAGCCAGCAAUGUCUCGGUCGCCUUGAUCUACAUACUUGGCGACCAUGAGGGCCGGGUGACUCUAGAAUCGGUCAGGAAACCGGCCACGGUUAUGCGGACUAUCGCUCGUCAGAUAGUGCUUCGUUGUGGCAGCACCCGUAACACUGCGUUCCAAGGUGAAUCACAAUCAUCAUGAUGUGUCCAAGAGAAAGCUGUACUUGUCUGCUGAUCGCAUCGCUGACUCGGGUUCGUUCACAAUUUACGCGAGAAGGUGUUGUCCGACUAUUGCAAGAAGUGGGAGAAGAUCCACCGGGUCACUCGCCAUCCUAACCGGGCCAUUUGGGCCAAGCAAAUCAAAAGACGCGCGUACGUGUUGGACGUUAUUAUACAUACUCGCUUGCGGUGUGACAUGGAGUCGGAAGCAAACUCUGAGCCCCCCUCCCCUCGGUUUGACGGAGGGGACUGAAACUCCUCCUCCAGCUCCUCCUCCAGCUCCUCCUCCGCUUUGCGGUCAGUCAUUCUACUGUUGAUCUCAAUGAUCUGAUCUUAAUGACAGUUCAAAGUUGCUUUAUAUUGAGGCUGACACUCAUGUGUAUGCAGAAUCUGUCCCACUCGCGCUCAGGGAGAGUUUGCUGGAGCUCGAAGUAAAACCCCUGGGAUCGCCCAAGGUUGAAAUUUUCGCGCCUACUCCCGUCCUAAUUGAUCCUUCCAUCGUCACGAUGGACACCUCUCAUUCCAAUUUCGAUCCUCAACGUACCACUCCGUUGGUUUCGCGAAACCCGCGAAGCUCCCCAGCACCGUCAAGCGCAACAAUUGGUCUGAUGCCAGCUACACCACCAAUGAGACUCCAAAGGGUCGUAAAAGGUCGACCCAGUAGAAGUCAAUGUGGCCGUGCACCAGUCCGCCCGCCGCGGCUCCCAAUGGGAGGGAGAACCGCCGCCGGCUUGACCCGGGUGCGCCGCUGCUUUGAUCUAUUCCCGCUGGUUGAGUAGCUCAGAGGUCAGAGCAACUCUAAUUAAUGGAGUGGACCUGAGUUCGACUCUCAGUUCAGCCAAAUCUUAUUUUGUUCUUCGUAACACUCAGUUCCGGGAAUUCCCAUUUCCCAACUGACCCUACUCCCUCCCUGCCGGUGUCCGAGCCACUCGAGGUCGUUGGUUCCUUGUCAAGGUAUCAAAGACGGACACUAGCCGCCCGGUCAACUAUCCCUAUAUCCGCAAGCGCCCAAGUCCUUGCCAAUCGAAGCACAAGAGGGAAGAACCCUCUUUCCAAGCUGCGCGGUUUUGCUCAAGCCUUGCACUCAAUGUCGGGCUCGCAAGACAAAUUUAAUGUUGAAGUCACUUGCUCAAGGUAUAGGCUCUUCCCAAAUUGCAGCGGAUCCUUGUCACCAGAACACACACUCACAUUGGUCAUGGUUUAGUGACUCCUUUAGCAGCUGCAAGAAGAGGAGUGAGAUCGUCGAUCCUAAGCCGUGUCAUGAUGAGUAG